GCGAUUCACAGGUACCGUGAGACGGAGAAAUCGCACUGGAGCCAGGAGAGCCUGAAGAUCUUGCAGAGGGUCCGGGACGUGGCGUUCCCUCCGCACGUGCCGCAGCUGGCCCAGGUUCACGUCCUGGAUUUGGACAAAACGGGCUACAUAAAGCCCCACGUGGACAGUGUCAAGCAUCUGUUCAGUAGACCGCCACUAAAGAUGCACUUUGCAGUCCUAACUCACAGGGGACCGGCUCGCUAUGAAUUCACCCACGAGAUCCUGAGAGACGAGGAGUCCUUUUUCGACGGCCAGAAGAUCCCCCGAGAACGAAGGAUCGCCAUCAUCUGCCGGAACCUGCCUCUGCCGUCAUCGUAGGAUAGGGAACUGAAGAAACCGACGGUUCUCCCCAGCGGGAAUGUCGGGUGCUUACCUGAACGGAGUGGACCUGAAAUGGCUACCUGCGCUGUGCAUCGGAGUGGAAGUCUGCCCUGCGGUUCAUGGAAGGUGUUCAGGAUCGAAGGAGGGGUUCUGGAUCCGUCUCGCUCUUCAUAAGUGACCUGCAGGGGCAGGGGCGUGGGGGAGGAACCCGGCCCAGAGUCGGGGGAAGUAGACCUGACUGCACUUGGCCGA